UUCUCUCUCACAUUUCUUCGACUUAACGUCUCAGAGCAGUUGGCUGGAUAAUGCUGUGGUGAGAAAAAACACAGAGGAAUCAGAAACGAAGAUAAAACUCACCGCAAACAAAUGGCCACCGUUUCAGCCUCCACAUUCUCUCCUAUCCCAUCCUUCCGCACUCCAAACCAUUCCCAUUCCCUCGGGAUUCCGAUUCUCUCUCCAACCGUCUCGUUUCGGAACGUUUCCGCCUCUUUCCAGCGGUUGACGCACAAGGACCGCCGGUUCUGGAGACCCACAAUUCUGAAGGCCGUCGAAGAGGAAACCCCAAUUCCAGCUGAAGAAGAAGCAGCGGUCAGCAGCGAGCAGCCGGAGCAGCCCGUUUCGGUCCCCGUUUCGCCCUCCGAUACUCUCACCAUGGUUUUCCAGGCAGAUGGAACGAUGAGUGAUGCGGCUAUCCCAUCAGUAACCAAAGCCUUACAGGAAACUGAAGGCAUUACCAACUUAAAAGUUGAAGUCAUUGAGGGUAUUGCAACUGUUGAGUUGACGAAACAGACGACUGUACAAGCUACCGGGGUGGCUUCCAGUUUGGUGGAGACCAUACAGAGUAAAGGAUUUAAGCUACAAACAUUGAAUUUAAGCUUUGAUGAGGAAGAGGAAGUUGCUGCUGUCUGAAUUUUGUAAUGCUGCUCAUCUAGGAUUUGAGGAAUUUGAGGUAAAACGAAAAAAUGACAAGUAUAUCGUUGAAUCUAUUUCCUCGUAUCCAUGUUUUGUACUUCUGUAGUUAGUGAAGAAGGAUUGAGAUUGUAUUUUGGACAGGGUGGAUAAACACAAUCACUUUUCCAGACCUCGCAAAAAAGAAACAGGAACAAUAUUAUUGUUCUUGUGAGUUGUCUU